AUGGGUGACGUUGAAGUCGAAACGCCGACCGAGGCCAGGACGCUGCCGGCUGGCCUCUAUGGCCCCGGACCGUGCGAAGGGGUUGAAUAUCCCUUGACCGUCGCAUAUUGCGGCGCCUGCUCGCUGCCUUGCGAAUAUUGCGAGUUCGCUGGGAUGAAGGAUGCUUGUCGCGAGUGGGCUGAGAAGAACGUCCCAGGCAUGCUGGAGAAACUGGAGGUGGCGCCUGCUGAUGAGGAUGAAAAGAAGCAUCAGAAACGCGGCGGAAAGGGCAAUAAACCGGGCGGAGGUGCCGAGAAAAAGAAGGCGGCCGCCGGACCCUCGAAAGUAACCCUGCAGCGAGAGCCGCGGGGAAAGAAGAGCGUGACUGUCAUUCGAGGCCUCGCGGCAAACGGAAUCGACUUGAAGCAGGCAUCCAAGCAGUUCGCAUCGAAGUUUGCUUGUGGAAGCUCGGUAACUGCCGCUGAUGAGAUCGUCAUUCAAGGAGACGUCAAGGACAAUCUUUUCGACUUCAUCCCGCUGAAGUGGCCUCAAAUUGAAGAAGAUUUAUUGGACGACCUCGGUGAUAAGAAACGU